UUUGUUGAUCCUUAAAUCAAGAAUCAGGAAUGUGAGGCUUUCUAUCAUCAGCCACCACCGCCGAUAUACUUACUCAUCAGUGCAUAAUUAUGCAAUCAGAUUGAAAGGGGGAUGCCUUUUCUGUCUGCCUCGUUCUCGUACGACCAGAGACCUCUGAAGAAACAUGGUGGGUCGAAAGUGGCAAUCGACAAGCCAGAUGUCUACCCUCAGCAGCCCAAUCAAAAGGAGGACCACUUCUACAGCCAUGUCAAGAUGGGUUUCCAAAAUCCGCCACUGGACGAUGAGCAUAAACAGGCGAAUAAGAAGGCCAUCCUCGCCAAUAGGGAGAAUAUUCUGAAGAGCAUUUUGGAGGUGAAGCAGAAGCGAGAUGAGCACAACAAUACUGGGGCUUCAAAUGACUCCCGCAAGAAGUUCCUGCUCAACAAGGAUCGAUUCUGGCCGUACCACUACCGUGUGAAGCCCCAGCUCACCAGUUGGAUGAACGACUUGUCCUCGCCCACCAAAGACUUGUUUCACCUAGGCAAACGCAUCCCCUCAUUCCAAAGGAAAGAAGAGCUCCUCUUCGCUUUGGCUGAGCACAAGGUGCCAAUGGUCAGAGCUAUCUGGACCAUCAAGCUAGAUGCACAUCAUAAGUCAUCACAGAAAGAGGAGAUUUCAAAAAAGAAAUCGAGAGGCGGCAGUCAAGGUCCAGACAUCGGCAAUGAUUGGACACAUGCUGUGUGUCUUUUCAUGUCAAAUCUCUACAAGAGGAUGCUGGACCACGAGCUGAAAGUGAACCUUCUUGAAAGAGAUGAAAACUACCACCAGCAGAGCUCAUUUUGGACCUACACCACUCGUCUUGUGAAAUGCAUGUUUGAAGAGGGAUUGUUGGACAAACACGAGUUCCUGCUGUGGCUCCUGCAGGCCAUACAAUGUGAACUGAAACCGCCGGAUGACCCAUUCAACAAGAUCUUCAUACCGCUGAUUUAUGGUUAUUUGGACGAGAUAGUGCAGAGUGAGCCUUUGAGUAGACGUCUGGCCUUCUUCUGUACACGCAAUCUCACCCUCAUGUACGAGAACAGUCUAGAAGCUGCAGUAUUGUCCUCACUCUCACCAAACACAGCCGCACUCAACCCAGACGCCCGUUGGCUGCAACAACAACAGAUGCACAUCAUGUCCUCCUUGAGUCAUAGGAAUGUGUGGGAGGACUACCUGCAGUGUGGCCACCACAAGGCCAUGAUGAUGAGUCUCUCCUGCGCACUCCAUCUCAUCACCCUUUGCUGUCCAUCCGCUCUCAUAUGGGUUGUUCCCAGGUCACAGGUGGAGUUGUUGUCUCCGCCUUUGCCUCAAACGAGUGAAGAUGGGACAGAGCAGUUACCUCUACAGAUAGACGAAGGCUCUCCAUUGGACAACCUCGCUGUGUCACCUAGCGAUCUCCCACUUCCCUUCUCUGAGCAAGAUGGGCCGGACAUCAGUGCGGACGUUAAGGAUCAGUUAGUAUAUGCGGAGGAACUAAUUCGGAACAGGAGCAUGGCUAUAGAACAGAGAUGGUCUUCUGCCAAGUACCAGGAGUCGUCUUUUGGGAAUGAAAUCCAACGUGUUCUUGAGAUAAUUGAGCAACUGGAUAUAUUCGAUUUUCACCAGUCAUCAACCGAUUGCAACAUGAAAACGCUCUUCAUGGGUAUAUUCAAGAAGACCUCGCAUCCAUCACCAAGUACAAACGCCGCUGCUCGAGCCCUAAACAAAAGCAGUGACGCCUCUGAUUGGCUAAUUGUCAAAACUCUAUGCGAUUGGGCAACAUCUUGUCAACGCCCGGGUUGUCAUCGCGCAGCUGUUGUCGCUAAUUUACUCUCUCAGUACCAACUUUGGGUCGAAUCGCAAGACCCGGCUGGUGCCAAAUAUCCCUACAUAUGUCAGAAACAUAUAACGAAGUUCCUAGACGAGUUUGCGCCAGCAUUGAACAAUCCGCCAGGUCAUGAGUCGAAUACGUUCGAAGAGGAAAGGACUUUCGCAGCAUUGGUUCUGUUAAUGCACGAGCUAAUAGACUCCUUGGUUUUUUCACAUGACCACUAUAUGAGGCUACUGAUAUCACGAGGAGACUUGAUGACUGGUGCAUUGUAUCAAAUGUUGGACUCCUCCGAUGAUUUUUCGGCCGAAGAUAAUUCAGGUUCAACUGAGUCAGAAUUGAUUUCGGAUUUCAAAAGCAGGAGGCAUCUUCUGUACGCACUUCAUUUUCCAGUUUGCAGAGAAAAUAGCAAUGAUGUAAAUCAGAGGUUGAUGCUUCUUUAUGGGUUUGGACCGAACCGCGAAAGAGCUCUUCAGCCUCAAAACGCAGUAAUGAGAGAACUCUCAGCAAUUCUUACAUCGCCAGCUAAUAGCAUGCCAAUUUUAUUGGACCAGGAUUGUUUCAAAGAGAUCCGCCAGUCAUUCCUCAAGCUGUGUUUCAACGAUCGACAAAAUGUUGUGGCACAGUGCUUCAACCAGGUGUCUUACCAGCUAGACUGUGUAGUGGAGUUUGGUGUAGAAUGUGGCACUCCGCUGCCGCCUGUGAAAGCCAUUGACUUCAUCAUGCAGCUAUCAGAGAGUGCUGCGUGUGUGUCACUCGUCCUGGAUAUAGCCGAAAAUAUGUUGACCUCGUUUCCGAGUAUGGUGGCUGUGCUGCCCACGGACUACAUAUCCAGUCUGCUCAUGACUGCAGUAUCUGCCAUCGAGACAUUCAUACCCUACAUGCUCAUCAACGAUGAAAUGUCCAACACUGUGUUCGAAAGUGUACAAACUGCCGUCUCCUGUCUUGAAGAUAACCCAUCGUCUUGUUCCUCUGCCGAGAGAUGUUUGCUGCAUCUGCUAGAACGGCUAGUUACAUCUUCCUACAAGUUAAAGCAAUCUGUCCAGCCUCCGGACAAAUACGACCAGAUUCUCAACUCACUCAAUCAGACGCCGGCUGUUCCAAAGUCCCAGGAGUCCAGACCCCAAUCAUCAUCCGCAUCCGAAGACUCCUUCAUCGCCAAGAGUUUCUUAGAGAAUCCUGCAGACGUGGACGAAGAGGCCAUGUGUGAACUGAUUGGUAGAGUUCACUCUAAAGAGAACUUCAGAUCGGUGCUCAUCUCUACUGCCCUGAUUAAACUGUGCGAUUUGAAGGACUCGGAAAAAAUACAAAAGGCCAAUGAUUUAUCGCUUCUGUGCGUAGAAGUCACUUCACGAGUGCCAUUCUUGAAGUCUGAUUGGUUCACGGCGCUCACAAUCAUCUGUUCGCAAAAACCUUGCGGAGUGAACAAGACACUGGACAAUCUCAUUAAGAAGAUAAAUAUAGAGCAGACUAGUGUUUACGACUGUGUGGUGGUGUUCCUCUGUCACAUGGUCAGUCGCCAUCUGUUCAAACUGGAGGAAGUGUUCGUCAAGCUCAUUCACUUCAUUCUCGCCAUCCUCAACGAGAACUCAGACUCCUCCGGGCAGGAACGAGAGAUAGCGGCCUCCACGCGGCUAUGUAUGUAUGUGUUGCUGAAACUACUGCAUGCCAACCAAGAGUUGGACUGUCUCCGGCUGAAUGUGUGUGAACAUGUCUACUCCGAGCCAGAUAGACUCAUGCUCGCUGUCCAGAUGCGACCAGUCAAUGUGGGGCUCCUGGUGGCAAUCCUGAAAGCAUUCGCAACCCAUGUUCCAAUCACCACCAAUGCUGACGACGAUGAUUACAGAAAACCAAGUCAGUUCGAAUCGAUUUGGACUUCAGAGCAAGUACUGGACUUUGUCGGAUCGGCCAAUCUUCAAGAAGUUGCAUGCGCAGUUUUGCACGCGCUGGCUUCUUGCACAUGGAUUACAUACUCUUGCCUAAGGAAUCCGGGAGUGCUUAAAGCAGAUGAAAUUCUGCUGGAUCCAAUUGGGGGCGAACGGUUGGCUUCUCAUAUUUUACAACUUCUUUGCUACCCUGGAAGUCCAGUGAAGGGAUGCAGAUAUACUAAGGGCUCCUCGGUUGUGCACGUAAACUCUCCCGUCUCAGGAGCAGAUGAGCAACAGGAGUUGAAGCUGAGGAGGAUUUUCGAGAACCUGAACAAGUGGAAUCAUCGCUCCUCGUGGCUCCAGUUCACAAUUAUCCUGGAGCUGUGCGAGUGGAAGAAACAAAUGGACUUGUUUAACCUACUGGCCAGACUGAGCAUUCAAAUAUUUGAUAUCCAGCCUGUGGUUGAGCUCCGAAGUUCUCAAAGGCGAGUGCCGAAAUCAGCCGCAGUUGACAAGCAACCCCAGUCGGAAUCAGGGGCGAAUUCCAAUGCUGGAGAUAACUCCGCCCCCUCUAACUCAAGGGAUCCGGAGCAGGCUUGGCUAGUAGCACCUCUUAUAGGCCAGUUACCGGCUGCAGUACAGGGAGCAGUGCUUAACCAAGCUAGCUCGAUGCUGGAUCGAGGUGGAGUCCUCGGGGGCCUUGGUCAAAACCUCGCGGGUUCCGGAAUUUUCAGCGGAGGUUUGGGAUCCUCGAGCAAGCCACGAUCAGAUAAGGAGAAAACGGCACAAAAAAGCAUCCAAUUAUUAAGCCAUGGGCCCUUUUUGUCGCUGAUUCUGACCUGUUUAAAAGGCCAGGACGAUCAGAGGGAAAGUCUUCUGUCCUCUCUGCAGACACAGUUUUCUCAGAUGAUUAAGGAGCAGCAGCAUAUAAUCUCGAUGACUUCGAAUAACAACGUAUCCUCAAAUAGCGGCCUGUCAUUGGAGGAAAUCCAAGCCAAUAGAAUGAAGAUGUUUAAUGACGAGUGGCAAUUGAGGUUGAGUCUUCUGGGAUCGAUGUUCGACUCCAUUCUUCGCAAUCAGUCUCUGUCAAUGGAAUGGAUUAUGACUCUGGUUAACUUACUAGAGAAGGAUAUAAUUAACCCAGUGGACAAUGCGCAACUGUUCUAUACUGUGGUGGAUAUGCUGAUUGUUCUGAUGGAGUUCAACAGUGCGGAUCAUCCCAGUGCAGAUGAGCAGGCGAAGAAAAUGUACAAUUCUAUUGUCAAGAAAAUCAGAAACAGCAUAGGCGAGAAACAGAAUGAAGGUCUGCGUCUGGUGCGACAAUUGCUGCCUCUUCAGAGGAGCACAGUUGAUGUGGUGUGCUGUGAGCCCAUUCGAAGCCAGUACGACAGCAAAGGCAACAAGAUGGACGCGCUCUCUUCACAGACUAGACACCAGGGAAAUCAAGUGGUGGGUAAGCAGCGUCUCUCUCCUUGGGACUUAAUUGAAGGCUUCAAGAUGCACGCUCCUCUACAGCUAAACUGGUUCAAUGCAGUCAAAAUGGAGAAGGGCAGAGGCAGUGUGUACGAAGAGCAGGCGCGUACCAUGUUUUACCACGACCACUCGCCCCUGGAUAGGACUCAGUCGUACUUCAUGCAGCCCAUAGUAUCAUCCCACUCGGCUCCUGGAUCGACGGGAGGGGCUGGACUCAGUGAUGAAGAUGAAGUUCAAAUGGAACCCCCGCCUAGUGUAUCAGUUCCGACUCCAACUUCUGCUGCACCCAAAACUAAGUCGAGGAGUCACAAGUCCAACUCAUCUGGAGGAACCAAAAAGCAGACGAAGUCACGCAAGAAAAGCUCGCAGGCUCAGUCGCAGAACAACCAGUUGUCAUCCGGGCCCCAGUCUGUGUUGGCUCCUAACAUGCCCCCACCCACGCCUCUGGCACAGCAGCUGUCCCAAUCGUACCCUGGCAGUGUACUUGGUCAACAGGUAGGAGCAGCAAUGCAGAACCCGCAUUCAGUAGUACAGCAGCAGCCGACUAAUAGAUUUCCCCCUCCGCACAAUGCUGCUGCCCAGGCCGGAGGUGGUGGGGCUGGAGGAAUGAUGGUCCAGAAUGUGGGCAGCCAGCCACCAAGUCAAGUGCAGCCACAAGUGUACUUCCAGCAGCCGCAACAACAACCUCAGUCACAAACCAUGAGCAAUAUGGCCAUGACAAACCAAGCUCAACUGUCCAUGCAGCAGAUGUCUCUCGGUCAACAGGGUGGAACACAGCAGUUGAUGGCGCCUCCCCCGCAACAACAGGCUACCCCCAGGCAACAACUGACAAAGCACCUGAAGAAUAAAAACCAACAGCAGGCGGGUGUGGCGGCUGUGAUGCGAGCACAGAACCCACAGGGGGUGGUGCCUGGCGGAGGAGGUCCAGUCAUGCCUGGAGGAGCAACUGGCCCAAGCAGGAUGGCAGUUCCCCAGCAGAUGUACAGACAAGGGUUUGCUGGCGGGGACAGUCAGGUAGGCUUUGUUGGACAGACAGGCAAGCCCCCUGGCCCCGGCCCCUCGAUGAUGUCCGGUGCACCAACUGGAAGUCAAAGUCAGCAGCAGAUGGUGUAUGCUGUUCAACCACAGAAUCAAGUGAUGUCUCAACAGGCCCAACAUAAUCAACCAUCAGGGGGUCAGUUUGUAGGACCACCACAAGGAGUUCAGAAUUAUACCAGAUUCAACUCACAGCAACAAAUGCAAUUAAUGCUCCAACAGCAGCAGAGACAACGUGCAAUGCAGCUCCACCAACAACAGCAGCAGCAACAGGGGGGACAAUUUGGGAACCAGCCUCAGUAUCAUUCGGGAGAUCAGCAACAGACUGGAGGAACUUUCAUGCGGGGACCUCCACCUUACAAUUGACGCGGCAUUUAACGCUUGUCGAAGCCAAAAUAUUGAGAAUGCGUGAAGUUUCAAAAAAUUUUCACUCAAUUUUCAAUAUUUGUGCUUGCAUAGACUUCAAAAUGACAAAAUGUAUUCCGAAUCAAAAACUCAUAAUUACAUAAACAUUGAUGGUAACGAAUUUGAUAUUCUUAUAUUUGUAGAUGUUUCAGUAGUAAUAUUGUUUUAAUUUUAUGUCUUAGAUUUUUGAUGUAGUUGAGUUUUAAAAGUUGUACGGAUAAAAUUGUGCAAAAUGUUCAAGCCUACUAUUUAAAUAAUAGUUAAUAGUUGGGUUCUUAGAAAAUGCAUAGGUCCUGCAUAGCAAAACAUAGGUCCUGCGGCGUGCCAAAUUUAACAAGUGAAGCCAG